AUGGCAGUCUCAAAACGCCUUCGCGACGAUGCAUCCACCGACCGCGCCGCAAAGAAACACAAAAAGGGCUUUGUCGUCGGCCCUCAGAACCUGCCCGACGGCACCCACCGCCGCAAGACAAUUCAAAUCAAGCGCAAUCUGAUCGAAAAGGCAAAACUAAAGAAGGAGUAUGCAAAGCAAAAAGCUCAGACCGGAGAUGAUGGGCAGCCUAAACGACCAUCCACAUAUGCAAACACCGACGACGAUGAACAAGACUCGCCAGAAGAAGACGCAAACGAUACAGACGACGCUGAAGAGGAGGUGACAGCACCGCGACAAGCAAAACCGAAACACAAACCUGCAUCUCCAGCCCCUGUGCAAGAUGCACCGGCAGAGAGCACAACUUCAAACUUAUCAGGAAUCCACCACAGUCGCCGCCAGAAAAUCAUUCCCUUUGCAAAAGAACACCGUGCCGCUCAGCGCAAGAAGAGAGAAGCUGAGGAACGUCGUGCUGCAUACGAAAAGGCUCAAAAGGAAAGAGCUGAGAAGAUGGAAGAAAGAGAAAGGUUUAGAAAGGCUAUGGCAAAGGCAAGGAGCGGAGGCAAGAACGGCCAGAGGAAGCUGGGCAGAGAGAGCACAGUCCUGCUCGACCGCAUCAAGAGAAUGGUCCAGCAAUGA